GAGUAGCUGGUCGUGUUCACAUCGUCUCUUCGGAGGUUUGAGUUUUCAGAUAAUUUCCAGAAGCAAUCUAUUUGUAUUUGAUUUACCUACGCGGGGCUUAUUUACCAAGAAUGAUAAACAGCAAGAUAAGAGAGGACAAGUUGGAAACGCUUGUCUCGCGAAGUGCUGUGCCGAUCAUCGAUCUCGCCCAUUGUGGCAAGUCCCUUGUCCAUCGGGUUGGUCAGCAACUCCACAAGGCUUUCACCGAGAAGGGAAUCGCUUUCCUGGUUAACCAUGGCAUAGCAGAAGACAAGAUCAAAGCGGUUUGGGAUCAAUUUGACAACUUCUUGGAUCUGCCAGCAGAGAUUCAGGAUCGUCACAGGCGAAAGGAUGGCGUUAAUUAUGGCUACGUUAGUCCCGGAAUGGAGCGAUUUGAUGGAAGUACUCCAGAGCUGCGUCACGCCUACAAUGUGUGCAAGCUGGAUGAGCAGAAUAUUCCAAGGGAAGCACUCCCAGAACUCGCCGAAGACAUUACCACACUGUGCACGGACUUGAAGGCCAUGUCUCUGUUUAUAAUGAAGGCCAUGGAGGUGGCCCUGGAGAUACCGCCAUCCUUCUUCGUCGACAAGCACUCCCAGAUGUUGGAGGGCGAUGAGCUGAACAUGAGCACCCUCAGGAUGCUCUACUAUCCGGCGAUUGUGGAUGAUGAGCCGGGUCAGAGCGAGGGCGCCAUUCGUUGCGGUGCCCAUGUGGACUAUGGCACCUUCACGCUGCUCGCCCAAGAUUCCGAAGGUGGCUUGGAGGUGCAGCUGCCGGGCAGCGAGAAGUGGGAACGGGUGGGUCAUCUACCUGGCGCCAUACUUAUAAACGGCGGGGAACUCCUGUCCAUUUGGACCAAGCAGCGUUACCACGCCCUGCCUCAUCGCGUCGUCAUACCUGAACAAGAACUUAUAAGAACCCGCGGCAGACACUCCAUUGCGUAUUUCUGCCAUCCCAACAACUCCAUCUUGAUAUCUCCCAACGAUCUGUUGGGUGAAGGGGAAGCCAAGAGUGAGGACAAAGUAUACAGCGCCUAUGAACUGAUACAGAAAAAGUUUAAUGACACCUACGGUCAGCGAUCUCAAUAACUCAACGAAUCUGGGGCAAAAGUUUAUUACGGCUCUACAUAACAUGUGCAAAUCAUUAG